CCGCAAAACUCACAAAAUCACUCUUUGGGCAAAACGAGCAACAUCAUUUACAAUACAAAAUGUGUAUGACCCAAUUAGCAAAAAGCCAAUUCUUGCUCUUUUUGUUGGUUGCCUACCUAAAUUCUACAAAGGUAAAUACCUACUGCAACUACAAAUUUUUAUCACAAUAUACACUUCACACAUCACACAAAGAAAAGAUAUUAGAGAUUACAAUUCUAAACAAUACCAGGUGUUUACUUAAGUGGUGGUGCGGCUUGACAUUGGUAUUUCAAUCCCGCAAUACCUGAAGCUGAAGCGUACCAAAAUAGGUUAAAAAACACCAAAGUUAUUUUUUAUUUAUGUCAUCUUCUAUUCACAUCACACUAUAGUAUAACAAAGUAUUAUGCUUACAGACAUGGUGGUGAAACAAUUCAGCUGCACCUUCCUACACAACCGGAACAUGCACUACAAACCUUCCAACCUCCAACAAUAGAACAUAAAACUCUGGAGCAACUCCUGACAAUGAACCCAUAUGAUUACCCAGACACGAGAUAUGAAUGCACAGUGACAGUCACCGAAAUAGAUACAUCAAACACAUGGUGGUAUCCAUCAUGCACAAAAUGCGGCCGAAAAACAACUCCACAUAAUACAGCAUAUUAUUGUGAUUUGUGUAAAUGGGAUGGCUACAAAUUCAAAUACAAGCUCAAAUUUCGAGCAUCAGAUGCAACAGCCAUAGCACAAAUGUUUUGCUUUGAUAACAUAGCACGAUAUAUUGUUGGCAAAUCUUGCGAAGUUAUCUUACGAUCUACAAAUGCAGCGACACCAAUUCCUCCAGAUUUAGCUCAGAUUGUUUCACUGAAAUUCACCUUUAGAGUAAUACCAGAUGACAGUUCUUUCGAUAACCAAGACCAGGUCCCCAUUGCCCUUCGCAUCAUCUCUAUAACUGUAGCGCAUGGUAGACAACAUGCACUACCAUUGAAGCCAACCAAUAUCAUAGAAGGUACAUCAACACCACAGAACAAGUUACAACUGCAGUUAAUCGAGAACUCACCAUCAAAUCCUUUUCAAAAUUUAUCCACAAGUACUCCACCACCCAUACAGGCUGCAAGGAAGCUAAUAUAUCCACCGCUCAGUAACCCCCUCACAUAUCAACAUACUCCCAAGUCUGAUGGCGAAGAAGAAAUUACAGAGCAAACAAUGGACACCAGUCAAAUCAAAGGAAAAAAAGUAUGCCCUCAUUCGAAUCUCCUCCAAAAAGGUUCAAGAAAGGAAGCUUACAUAUCCAAAGCAAUGAUGACGAUGUCCAGGAGAACUAAACACAGAUGUUUAGAGCACCAAAUUUUCUUGCUUUUGACACGAUGUCUUCUACAAACUUUGGUGUAAUCCGAUCUAAAACGUAUUUACCUGCCAAAGUCCCUACGAACUUUCUUUUGAUGUAAACAAUAUAUCCAUGCCGAAACAAAUACUACAACUAGAAAGGCAUGUAGCUAUAGUUCUGACAUGCCAUCUUUUGCGAUCUUUAGGACCAAUAUUCUGGUGCCUCAACAAAUAUGUAUAUAUAACUAGGAAUUUGCUAUCAACUAUGGUUAGCUUACAACCCACUGUAAUAUAACACAUCCAAUCUGGACGUGAUCCUAUAUUUGCAUAUCCCAACUUUUCAGUGGUACAAACAUAUUCGUGCUUGCAUAUUUUUUCAUUCAUAUUACAUACCGUCUUCUACACAUAUAUUACUAAGAUACACAUUGCUUAUAUACACCCACAACAUCAAUUUACUUAAUGUCUAUAUACAUCAAAUCAGCUAUUCAAUUAUGUUAUAAAAAACUCGCGCAAGGCGCGAGCAAGUUUCUAGUAGGAAUAAUAGUGCACCGAAACCAGAUUGACCAUCUUCGUCCACCGCCCACUCGAGCUUGGAAAAUCACACUAAAGGCUAGUUUAUAAACCCCAUUUUUUCAAGGGAUUUUCGUUUUCCUAAGGGUUGAUUUGGUGACAAAGGGAUCACGGGAGGAUUGUAGGGGAUUGAGGAGGAAAUAAACUAAUUUCUCCCUCAAUCCCCUCC